AUGAGGAUUCCAAUUUUGCACCUAUCCUUAUGGCUUCCGCUAAGCACUUUCAUCGGUACCAUUCUUGGACAGGAUGACCUCGGCACCAACAAUGGUUUCGUGGAUAUCGAGACAUCCAACUUCAAGGCUCGAAUUGUGCGAGACGCUCAAAUCUUAGCGUCUCUGAAACCCAAUGGGGAUGAUUUCGACUUCCUCCCUUUCGACAUCUUAGGAAACCGUUCUCGUAACGGACAAUACCACUGGGGAGAUGUUACCUACAGAUAUCGAACUGAAGGCGACAACAGCUGGAUCGACGGAAAUUCUGCCCAGACCCGCAAGCCUGUCGUUACUCUAUCCCCAAAUGAUGGGGUUCUUGCGGCCGCAGACCUUUCCUCUACGCUUCCCUCCGGGCCGCUCAAUGUGACUCGAGAAUGGCUAAAUGUCGACGGCGAUCUCGCCCUGCGCUUCAUCUUCAGCAACACUGGGAACUCCAGCAUUGAGAUCGGUAGUCUUGGCUUUCCCGCUGAGUUCAACAGCAUUUUUACACACCACCACCCGGCAGACGCAACAGCGGCCUGUUCUCUUUCCGAACCGUAUAUCGGCAUGGACGCUGGUCAGAUUCGUGUUACCCCUAUCAAAGGCACAGGACCCGCACUCGUUGUCACGGCCCUCCAAGGAACCAAAUCACCCCUGGAAGCCUACCGAAACCUAUGGGAAUUGGGCUACGAAGGAUCUUCCUAUUCAAGCCAGACGUUCGAGGGUUUCUACGAAUGGCAAGUGCUGACAAAGGCAUGGGCGGAGAACGAAUGGGCCGUCCAGGGGGCACACGCUUGGAAUCCUCCUUCUUCCCGGAAACUGGAGCCUGGAUCAAACCUUCAAUUUGGAGUGAGAUUCACAAUCGCCCCUGAGGGCGUCCGAGGAUAUGACAAGGCGGUCCGAAAAGUUGGCCAGCCGACCGCGCUCAGCAUCCCAGGCUAUAUUCUUCCACGAGAUCUGCCGGGGAAGCUGUUCCUGCAGUCCAAUGCUCCCGUGACUAACAUCACCAUUGACCCCCAGGGAUCGCUCUCCGUGGACCAGACCGGCGAUUCUGCUUAUUCGGUCACACCUACAGAUCACGCUUUCGGAAGAGCGAGGCUCACUAUUACGUAUGACGAUGGGAAGAUUCAGACAAUUCACUAUUAUAUCACCAAACCUGCCACCGAAGCUCUUCAGGACAUGGGCCAUUUUCUCACGACGGAAGCAUACUUUACGAAUGAGUCCGAUCCUUUUGGUCGUGCACCGUCUGUCAUGACCUACGAUUGCGAGAGCGAUUCGGUAGUGACGCAAGAUCUUAGGACCUGGGUAGCCGGACUGAGUGACGAGGGUGGAGCUGGAGCUUAUAUUGCGGCUGUCGUCAAGCAAGCUGUGCAUCCCGAUGCGGACGAAGUUGCAAAACUCGACACCUUUGUGAACAAGGUGGUUUGGGGUAACAUCCAACAAGAAGAUUACGCCGUACGGAACUCCCUCUUCUUCUACGAGCCAGCUGAGGUGCCCGGAUUUGUGUACGAGAACUUUGACUGGAGCUCUUGGAUGUCUUGGAACAAAGACCGGGCGCUUGCCACCGACAGAGGCUACAACUACGUCCAUCCCUCUGCAGCAUACUGGUCUCUCUAUAGAGUCGGCAGAGCCUACCCAGAGCUUGUCAGUCAGGACUGGAGCUGGUAUCUUGACAAGGCCUACCGAACGGCUCUCCGCAUCUCGGGUGGUGGUGUUGCUUGGGUGGAGAUGGGACUUAUGGGCGAAACUGUUUGGGGUAUGAUCAUGACUGAUCUCGUGCGUGAAGGGUUCGAAAAUGAGGCCGCCACUCUUGCGACACUUAUGAAGUCUCGCGCCGAACACUGGAAUUCCAUCGAUGCCCCUUUUGGGAGUGAGAUGGCAUGGGACUCUACUGGGCAGGAAGGCGUCUACUAUUGGGCUAGGCACUUCGGCUUCACGGACUUGGCUAAACGAGCAGUUGAUACCGUACUUGGUUUCACGCCUAAUGUGCCGCACUGGGGCUGGAACGGCAAUUCGCAUCGAUACUGGGACUUUGAUCUCGCUGGAAAGCUACGACGACUUGAGCGCCAGAUUCACCACUACGGAUCCGCUCUGAACUCCCAAGUCCUACUCUCGGCUUUCCGCGAUGAUCCCUCCGACUCUUAUCUCCUGCGUACCGGUCACGGGGGAAGCUUUGCACCACUUUCGAACAUCAACGAGGCCGGUUGCCCGAGCGCUGGGUUUCAUUCGUUCCCCGAGACCUUGAAGUGGGAUGGCUUUACCGGCGACUACGGCCCGGGCUUUCUCGGCAUGGUCUUGAACACGGGAACAUACGUAGCUGAGGAUGAGCAAAUCGGCCUUGUGGCCUACGGCGGGGAAAUUUCCACCGAUGGCAAUAAGGUGACGGUUGUUCCGCGUGAUCCUGUCAGAAAGAGGAUAUUCAUCGGUCCUCUGGCAGUCAUGAUCACUGUGGAUGUGGGCGUCAUUGAGCAAUUUUCUUAUGACGUCGAAGCCAGGAUCAUCUCCAUGACCUUGUCGCAGCUUGCGGGCGUCCCGAAGGCCAGGAAUGCAACUGUGUGGACGGAGUCAAUGCAAUCGCCUUGGGAAGUCACUGGUGAUCAGGUCGAGACGGCCCGCGGCGGAUGGAGAGUUCCUCUAGUCGAAGAUAAGGUUACCGUUACCUUGUCCUCAAAGUCGACUUGA